AUGGACGAACACGAAGAUGAUCCCAUGGCUGAUCCCGAUUACCACCCAACCGAUGAGGCUGAGGAGGAUCAACAACAAGAGGACGACAUUCCAUCCCAAGUCGAGGGAGGAGUCGAUGCUGAGGAGCUGGACGCUCUCGACAGCAGUGAAGACGAAAGCAGUGAAGACGAAAGCAACAACAACCAUCAGGAUGGCACGUCGGAGGAAGAAGGCAGUAACGACGACGGCCACCUGGAAACAAUCCAAGAAGGAUCAAACGAUCACGACAGUGACGGCGAUGACGCUGAUGACGAACAAGGGGACUCCGACGGAACUGAUGAAGACAGUUUCGGACACGAGGAAGACCCACCAAUCAACCAUGACGAGGAAGAUGAACCGCAAGUUGCGGACGAUCCGCAGAAUACGGACGACGAAGAGGACUCAGUGACUGAGUCGACACAACACCGAACCAGGAGAUCGGCGCAAAUCACAGGAGUGCAGCCUGAACAAAUGGAUGCAGCAUAUGGAUCAAGAACCAGAGCGGGGCUCAGGGAGAGAAAACAAAGGAAAUACGACAAACACCUUCAUCUGCAACAACCAAGCGACCAUACGAUGGCACAAUACAUGGCCGACCCUGGCACUCCAUCCGAGGCAGUGAUGACCCAAUUUCUUCUUGAACAUGUGGCUCUCACUCAAUACUCAAUCAACAAAGGCCUCAAGGUGUUUGGUAAUGCCGGAGCCGAAGCAGUGAUCAGUGAGAUGAAACAGCUACACGAUCGCAAAGUGGGAGAACCAGACCACUGGCGCUCCUAUUGGCCAAGGUCGACAACAAAGCCUAUGACAAAUACAUCGUGCACGAGAAAGGAAAGCCUGUCAUCUAUGUGA